AUGCAGGUCCAGUCAUCGGCCGAAGUUGGAUGCAUUGAAGUGCAAGUGCUGCGGUCGCAUUUAAUCUUUGUGCUCUCGCACGAAGCACGAGCCAAGUACAAGGGCAUGUGCCAGGAGAUUUUCGGCUCUGAGCCCGUGGAUGUUUCGGACUCCUCCGAGGAGGAGUUUGAUCGUGGGACCUUUGCAGAUGCUCUUCAGCAACGGAAUUUCCUGAGUCCUCUGAUUCAGGAUCCUGUGGCCAAGAAUAAGCCGAAGGCUCCGGAGCCGCCGGUGGAGCCGGUGCGGGCUGAGGCAAAGGCGGCUUCGAAGGCGAUGCCGAUGCCGAAGAACUUCGCCGGCAGAACGCCGCCGAAUACGGCGAAUCGCUCUUGGAGGUUUGCCGCAAUGAAGGCAUUGUGGCACGAGCUCUACAAGCCGAUCACGAAGAAGAACAAACUGGAGCAGUGGUACGACUUCGUGACGCAGGCUGACUUGGACAUGGAGAACAUCAAGACCGAGGAGGAGAUGAGCGAGCGAGUGCGGUACAUCCGAGGCUUCGACAAGUUCGGCUCCGAGUGGCGGCUCCGGUAUGCCCCCCCCCGCAGUGUGCUGCAAAAGCAUUGCGAGUGCGAUAAGCUAGUACCGGUGACUACACAGUCAGCUUUGGAACUCCUUUUGUCCAUUGGGUCUAAUGAUGAACAACAUUUGGCUUUUAUGAAGCCUUCCAGCAUUCUUUCUGUGCAAUUUAGCAAGUCCUACGGUUUCGGGGAUAUGGUUCGGUGA